CAGCCAUGUUGGACGUGGCCAGCACAGGGGCCGGCACCAGGGGGUUGUCGAAGCAGCUGUCACGAUGCUGGGGUCCCUGGUGCUGAGGAGAACAGCGCCGGCGCCGCGACUCCUCCUCCAGCUGCUUAGGUCCCCAUCGCUCCGGAGCCACGGAGGUGCCACCGACCGGAGUGUGACUACAGGCGGCUGCGGAGCGUCUCAGUGGCUAAGGGCUGCCGUCGGGGGGCGCCCUGGACCGUCGCCGGCCUUACUCACCAGAGGAGGGGCAGCCACCGGGGGGCGCCAGAGAGGACGCACCGCGACCCCGUGCUUCGCAGCCGCCACAUGGGGACACCUUCCUAUCCCGGAAGACACACUCUCUGGACCGGACAGCUGGAAUGGGGUCCUCAGCAGGGCCGGAUUGGGCGUGUGGGCCCUGGCCACAGCGCUUGUGGUACAUUGUUACAGCAAGAGUCCGUCCAACAAGGAUGCAGCCCUGAUGGAAGCUGCUCGCACCAACAAUGUCCAAGAAGUCAGCAGACUGUUGUCAGAAGGUGCAGAUGUCAACGCAAGGCACAGACUCGGCUGGACAGCACUCAUGGUGGCAGCCAUCAACCGAAACGACAGUAUAGUGCGGGUCCUGCUUGCUGCUGGUGCUGACCCAAACCUUGGGGAUGAUUUCACCAGUGUUUACAAGACCGCCAAGGAACAGGGAAUCCAUUCUUUAGAAGUCCUGGUCACCAGGGAGGAUGACUUCAACAACCGGCUGAACAACCGAGCCAGCUUCAAGGGCUGCACAGCCCUGCACUAUGCUGUCCUUGCCGAUGACUACCGCACCGUCAAGGAGCUGCUUGAUGGAGGAGCCAGUCCCCUGCAGAGGAAUGAAAUGGGACACACACCUUUGGAUUAUGCUCGAGAAGGGGAGGUGAUGAAGCUUUUAAGAACUUCUGAGGCCAAGUACCAGGAGAAGCAGCGGAAGCGCGAGGCCGAGGAGCGGCGCCGCUUUCCUCUGGAGCAGCGGCUAAAGGAGCACAUCAUUGGCCAGGAGAGUGCCAUCGCCACGGUGGGUGCUGCGAUCCGGAGGAAGGAGAAUGGCUGGUACGAUGAAGAACACCCUCUGGUCUUCCUCUUCUUGGGAUCAUCUGGAAUAGGAAAAACUGAACUGGCCAAGCAGACAGCCAAAUAUAUGCACAAAGAUGCCAAAAAGGGUUUCAUCAGGCUAGACAUGUCUGAGUUCCAGGAGCGGCAUGAGGUGGCCAAGUUUAUCGGGUCCCCACCAGGCUACAUCGGCCACGAGGAGGGUGGCCAGCUGACGAAAAAGCUGAAGCAGUGCCCCAACGCCGUGGUGCUCUUCGAUGAGGUGGACAAGGCCCAUCCAGAUGUGCUCACCAUCAUGUUGCAGCUGUUUGAUGAGGGCCGGCUAACAGAUGGAAAAGGGAAGACCAUCGACUGCAAGGACGCCAUCUUCAUCAUGACCUCCAACGUGGCCAGCGACGAGAUUGCACAGCAUGCGCUCCAGCUGAGGCAGGAGGCUUUGGAGAUGAGUCAUAACCGGAUAGCUGAGAACCUUGGGGAUGUCCAGAUUAGUGACAAGAUCACCAUCUCAAAGAACUUCAAGGAGAAUGUGAUUCGCCCCAUCCUGAAAGCUCACUUCCGAAGGGAUGAGUUUCUGGGACGGAUCAAUGAAAUCGUCUACUUCCUCCCCUUCUGCCACUCAGAGCUCAUCCAACUCGUCAACAAGGAACUGAACUUCUGGGCCAAGAGAGCCAAGCAAAGGCACAACAUCACACUACUCUGGGACCGCGAGGUGGCGGAUGUGUUGGUCGACGGCUACAACGUGCACUAUGGCGCCCGCUCCAUCAAGCAUGAGGUGGAGCGCCGUGUAGUGAACCAGCUGGCAGCUGCCUAUGAGCAGGACUUGCUGCCAGGGGGCUGCACGCUACGCAUCACUGUCGAGGACUCAGACAAGCAGCUACUCAAGAGCCCUGAACUGCCCUCACCCCAGGCCGAGAAGCGGCCACCCAAGCUGCGGCUGGAGAUCAUCGAUAAGGACAGCAAGACCCACAAACUGGACAUACAGGCACCACUACACCCUGAGAAGGUGUGCCACACCCUCUAGCAUCUGCCUACCUGCCUAUAUGUGCCCUCAACACCCAAUAAAAGCCCCUCGGCUGUAGCAUGGUAA